GUCAUUUGUCAAAUCUUAUCUAAUAUUAUAAAUAUUCCUAGAUUCCUUCGCACUUAGCACUCUGUUUCAUUCAUCAAAUAUGCAAAGGCAAAUCCAGUUUUUGAGUUUUCAACUGUGAUAUUCAAUCCAACCCGAUAACAUUCAGCAUCAAUGAAAUUCGGUAAAGAGUUCAAAACCCAUUUGGAAGAAACAAUCCCUGAAUGGAGGGACAAGUUUCUAUGCUACAAGCCAUUGAAGAAGCUCAUCAAACAUCACCUUCCCACCACAACCACACCCAUCAACCUUCUUCCUCUUGAUCACCUUCUUCAACAACAACCAUCUUCUUCCCAAAUCCUCCAGGCCUGGUUCGUUCGGAUUCUCAACGAAGAGCUUGAAAAGUUCAAUGAUUUCUAUGUUGACAAAGAGGAAGAGUUUGUUAUCCGAUUCCAGGAGCUGAAAGAAAGAAUUGAACGACUUAAAGAAAAAAGCAGCCAGAGUGAAAUGUACACCUCUGACUGUGAAUUUAGUGAAGAAAUGAUGGACAUCAGGAAGGACUUGGUCACUAUCCAUGGCGAGAUGGUGCUCCUCAAAAACUACAGUUCCUUAAACUUUGCAGGACUAAUUAAAAUUUUGAAGAAGUAUGAUAAAAGAACUGGCAGGUUGUUGCGUCUGCCUUUUACACAGCUUGUUCUUCGUCAACCUUUUUUCACUACUGAGCCUCUCACAAGGCUAGUUCAUCAAUGCGAGGAAAAUCUUGAACUACUCUUUCCCUUAGAAGCAGAAGUAAUUCAAUCUACUCCCCCUACGGACCAUCAAUCUAGUAGACCACUCGUCGAAAAUGCAACAAAUGGAUUACCUGGGGCAUCCUCAACUCCUGGGGAGGAAACUGUGGAUAUAUAUCGUAGCACUCUUGCUGCUAUGAGAGCCAUAAAGGGUCUUCAGAAAGCAAGCUCCACAUGCAAUCCAUUUUCCUUUUCUUCCCUCUUUAACAACCAAGAUGAUGAUGAUAAUACAGGUGCUGUAACAGCUGAAAACUCUGCAGCAAAUUCUCCAGCUACCUUGCAGAAUGAGGAAGGCUCAGAUAAAGAGGAUACUGACUGUGUGUAGGACAACUUUUCUUUUAGGGUUGCUUCCUAUCUCUUCUUUUGGAUUGCUUUUUCAGCCUUGUUGGUUGAAACUAAAUGUAGUGGUAUAUGUUUGUUCGUAUAUACAAUAAAUUACGCUUAAUAAUGAAACACUUUGUUUAGCAUUUCACUUGUAAAUUGAUACUUGAACACUGCCUUUUUGCCCCUUCACUUCUAUGCCUU